AUGGAGCAGUUGGCUCGGGGGCUGUGCCCACCACUACAUUCUGUAUUCAUAAAAGGUCCUGGAAGCAUCUUCAUCCAUGCUGAUGGUACUGCUUCCUUCAGAGUCUACCACAAGUCUGAAGCUGGCAACAUUCAGCAGUCAGAGGACAAGCUGUUGGAGUACUUGGGAGUGGUGAUCUAUGAAGCCCUGGACUGGGGAAUUGACAGCCAAGUGGAGCGAGAACUGAGCGAUCCUCUGGAGAAACUGCUGUGCCUCAUGUUAAAACUGGAUGAUGAGGCAACGAAACCAGCAAUCACCCUGCAGGAUGUUAUGAAGGCCUGUGAGGAGCACUUGUCCAGGCCUUCUGAGGCUACCAGCCAUUAUGAAGUGACCUGUAGGAGUCUGUUUACUGAAUAUAUGGAACUUCAGGAGCUUGUGACCGUCAUCCAGAGUUCCAAAGAGAGACUGAGAAAAAUGGAUAUGGAAUAUUUGGUGGAGAAUCCCUUUCAGAAGAAGGAAAAACACCGGGCAGCUGUUGACUUGGCCCUCACUGGUUUCUCUGAGGCAUCCCUGUGGCCCAGUGUCAUCCAUGAGCUGAAGAACGGUGUAAGGCUGCGCAAGGUCACUGAGCAACCACAGCAUCACGUGCCUCCAAAAGAAUGUAUCCGCUCUCCCUAUGAAUUACUUCUGGAUGAUAUUCAGCACAAGAGGUACACCCUUCGGGAGGUGAUCAUCAAGCAAAAACAUGGGACCCUCAAAGUUGAUGUAUCUGCUCCUAAGCCUCAUCUAAAGCCAGUGCUGGAGAGGAAGCUGAAGCAAUGUGUGCUGUGGGAGUCCGGCUGGCAUGAACAGCUUAUGGCAGAAAUAAAACGACCGCAGAACCUUCGGUCAUCAGCAACAAGAGAAAAUAAGAGUAAGCCCAAAGUUUCCCCUGCAGAAAUGCUUGUGACGCCAAAUAUUGCCUUGAAAUCUCCAACAGAGCGUUUUUUAACUUUCCAAGAUGCCAGUACUGAAUUGAAAAUUAUCAGCACUACAACACAGCAGCUGAGACCAGGAGCUCAGGAAACCAGUCCCAAGCUGCCUUCCAGCACCUGGCUUGCCUCCACCAGGCCGUCAGCAGCAUCCUGCAAUAGCACAGGUCUCACUGCAAAUUGCAGAUGUCAUCCUGUGAGUGCACCCACACUAGGAGACAUUAAACCUAAUGGUUUCCUGAAUGCUGGCCAACAGCAGCUGCCUUCUUACAGAGGAAGGUCCAAAUCUUUAGAGAGUGGCCUUCAAAGGGAGGAACUUGCAAGUCUGGACUGUCCCUUUCCUGUCAAGUGGUCAUCACCAACCAUAGCUGAGCUGAUUGGAACCAGAUAUGCAACGAUGGUGCUGGAAGGGCAAGGCUUCUUCCAAGGAGGUAGCGAUGGUGUCUUUCCAAGAGCAAAGAUUUGUUUCAGCUGCCAUAAGCAGAUGUUUCUUAAGUGGCCUUACAGCUGUUACCUCUGCAGCAGUGUUGUCUGCUGUGACUGCUGCAUCAAGAUGUCCAUGCCCUUCAGAACAUGUGUACAUCUCCCACUUCACUUCCUAAAAAUUUUGAGACUCUCCAGAGAGGAGGACCGAGCUAUUCAAGAGCAGAAGAGCUUAGAUUUGCUGCAUGAAAUAGAGCACUGGGAAUGUUUGAGUGUACCUGUUAUUUUGGAACCUCAUUGCCUAGCACAGGCUCUGUGCUGUUACAAAGGGACCAUGGCAGGCUGGCUGACUGCAGACAUCUGUAUGCAAUGUGAGCAGUAUCUCUUGACCAUGACUUCCAGUCAACAGCAGAGCAUCCCUCUCAGGAGAAUUUCCUGGCCUUGAACCAAACUGGAAUGACUCUACCAUAGAUUUUUCCUGUCACUUGUUCUGUACCUGAAGUAAAUGAAACACCUUUAUGCAUCUACUGACAUAAAGGCCUAAAUAAAAGACCUCCCUGCUGUUUAGUUUAAGCGGGAAGCACAGUUAGUAUUUAUGUAUUGUGAAGUGUUAUAAAGCUUUUGUGGUUUUAAAAACUGUUUCAGUUCUUUUAAUGUGUCUUUGGGGUAAAUAAAUGUUGAAGCACU